GCCAAUCAAAGAUGGCAGAGCCAAAAACAAGGAAACGCUCGCCGAGCUCUUGCAGAAGUUGUCACGACGUGCUUUCAGUAAACUUGACUUAGUUUACAGUGUAGUGUUGGAAGAUGAAGGUGGCUUUUCUGCUUAUAUUGACAUUUAUCAUAUACUUUAAAUCCAGAUGUAUCGCUCUGUCUUCGUCAUGUCCUCACCCUCCGUCACAGUGGUGCUCGUCUCCAAAAUCAGCUGCCCAGUGCGGGGUGUUGCAACGGUGUCUCCAUGGCAACUUGACCAGAUCACGUCAGGCAGCAGAAGCUGUCCAGUUGGCUGUCUACUAUGAGAGUCUGUGUCCCGACUGCAUAAUGUAUCUCACGCAGGUGCUGUACCCCACAUGGGUGCUGCUGCAGGACAUCCUGUCUGUCCAACUGGUUGCCUUUGGCAAUGCACAGGAGACACCCAGUGGGAGCAAGUAUGUAUUUAAGUGUCAGCAUGGAGAACAGGAGUGCCUUGGCAACAUGAUUCAGACAUGUUUACUGAACAUGAGUGACAAUGCGUUCCUCAUCAUCUUCUGUAUGGAGGCCUCCACUGAUGUCAUUGCAGCUGCCAAGAUUUGUGUUCAUCUGUACAGUCCUGAGUUGAGCUGGGAGCGCCUCAUGAGCUGCGUGACUGGAGAUGUGGGAAACCAGCUGUUGCAUCAGAACGCCUUGAGGACCGAAGCUCUGGAUCCUCCACACCAGUCUGUACCCUGGGUGACCAUUAAUGGGGAGCACACAGAUGACCUGCAGAAGAAAGCCACAACUUCUCUCUUCCCUCUGGUCUGCAGCAUAUACAAGGGCAUCAAACCUGUGGUCUGUGGAGGUGGCGGCCACAGACAGAGAGAGAUCUAACAUAGCUUCGCAAUGAGUGCCCAAUAGUUCAGGUGUGGCCACAAUGUGAGCUGUUUGAGCAUUUAGCCAAUAUCCAUGAUAUCCAGCUUAAGGUUCAUGUACUACUUCACUGAACAAAAAUAAAAUACAGACUUGUUUUUUUGCUCCCAGUUUUCACGAGCUGAACGCAAAGAAAUAAGACUUUCUGUGUUCACAAAAGGCCUAGUGCUCUCACAUAUUGUUCAUAAAUCUAAAUUUGUGUCUCCUCUGCCCUGACAAUCCAUCCAUGAAAACUAGUGUCUUGCAAAUAAAUGUUCAAGCGACUUCA